AUGGCAUCAAGCAUGUCCAAUAAUCAGAUACAACGCCAAGUUUCCCCCAAGUAUUCUUUUCCCAGCGGCUCCAGAGGUUUUAUCAUCUUGAUCUUUGCCAUUUUAAUGGUCUUCUCUGCACGGCGGAAGAACAUUGCACCAGGUACAAUCAUCCACGAUGAGGUUCAAGCAAGAUGGGGCGACCGUGGUGUCCAGUUUCUCAAGCCAGUCCAAGACACCUUGUUCUACUGUUUGUAUGGAAUUCAUACAAUGGAGGUGGCAUUUCUUGCAGUAUUUCGACUGCCAAGAUAUAGUAUCAGCGUCUUCAGCCGGCUGUGGCUUCAAUGGAUCUUAACAGCUUUCAUCGGAGGCAUCAUUAUCUCACGCCAAUUUGAGGAGGUCGUAAAUCAAGAGCAUAUCGAGACUGCCGGCAAUGGAUUGGAAGAGAAGCCAAGGCUUCUAGUUUGA